UGAUAGUUAGUGAUUGAAUCUAAGCCCCUCAUGGAGAUGGAUUGUCCAGAUCUGGCUUUGAUUUCUUGAAGCGGCUGUCCUCGACCUACAGAAGAAGAAGAAGAAGAAGAAGAAGGUGUAACUGGCUAUUCAUUUGCUUCUUCACCAUCAAAUUAAGGCAAUGAGAGUUCCUCGAACCCUUUCUGUCUGGAAAUUGGGAACCGUCAAUUACUCAGACGCCUUGAAGCUACAAGACAAGUUAGCAGCCUGUAGAAAAACUAACACGAUCUCUGAAACACUUUUAUCCCUUCAACACCCCCCUACUUACACACUUGGAAAACGACGAACUGAUCACAAUUUACUCAUCUCUGAGCCCGACCUUCGAAAUAUAGGAGCUGAACUACAUUAUACGCAAAGGGGAGGAGACAUUACGUUUCAUGGUCCUCGUCAAGCCAUAUUAUACCCCAUAAUGUCGCUUCGAGAAGUCGGGCUUGGCGCAAGGAGUUAUGUGGAGAAACUCGAGUCAACAAUGAUUGAGUUGGCAUCGGUUUAUGGUGUUAGGGCACAACAAGGUCAAAAGGGUGAGACCGGAGUUUGGGUUGGUAAUAGAAAGAUUGGGGCAAUUGGGGUUCGGAUUUCGUCUGGAAUUACUUCUCACGGUUUGGCAUUUAAUAUUGACCCGGAUAUGGAUUAUUUCAAGCAUAUUGUACCUUGUGGGAUUGUAGAUAAAGAAGUCACGUCGUUGAAAAUGGAGACAAACGGUCUGUCGCUUCCGACUGAUGAUGUUAUUCAAGACGAGUUGAUAUCUUGUUUCGCGAGAGUGUUCGGAUUUAAUGAUGUCAUUUGUGAAACGCGGAGGUUGGAAGAUAUUGAGGAGACAUUGAACUAAAUUGUGAUUUUAACAUUUGUGGUGUUUGUAUGAUUUUUUUUUAAAUACCAUUCUUUAAUGUAAACUAUGUAACUCUAAUCCAUUUUAUUAAUAUAAUUUUUUAGAUUUCAAGUUGUCUAUUUC